GGAGAUUACUUAAAUGGAAUUUACUUCUGUAUGGUACUGCAAAUGAAGUGAAUCCUGAGCUUAGACCUGGAACAAGUAGAACACAUUCCAAACAUAGUAUGCCUACCAAAAACCCACAGCCCAGAGAUGAAAAUGGCAGUGAUGUUGAUGAUUAUUCUUCUUAUGAUAAUGAAUAUUCAUUCAAUGAUAAUUGUCAUCCUGAAUGUCUUGAUAAUGAGUGCGAUGGUCCCGAUGCCACUGAUUGUUGGAAUUGUGCACAUUAUAAAGACAGGAACACCUUGGAAUGUGUUAAAAGAUGUCCACGUGGUUACUAUGCACCGGAUCUUCAUCAUCGUUGUCGUUAUUGUGAUAGCACUUGUAAUACGUGUAAUGGACCAUCAUCAGCUGAUUGUCUGACAUGUGCUGAUGGGAUGUUUUUAGUGGAAGAUCGUGGCGUUUGCAAAUCAGAGUGUGGUGAAGGUUACUUUGAAGAUUCGGAGAGGAAGAUGUGUGUGGCUUGUCAUCCACGCUGCACAAGAUGCCUAUACAGUGCAGACUACUGUUUAUCAUGUAAAACGGGGAUGAAGCUCCAAGGUAGUGAGUGUAUAGUGAGUUGUCCAGCACAAAUGUACCAGACGGAAGAAAAUACUUGCCGAAGUUGCCACGAGUCGUGUGAUAGUUGCACUGGGUCCUUUGAAACAGAUUGCUUAAGCUGUGCCAUUGGUUAUUUACAUCAAGAUGGAUUAUGUAUCAAUAGUAAUGUUUGUGAAGAUGGUUACUAUAAGGCUUGGGAAGCUGAAUGUUUGAGUUGCCAUUCCACAUGUGAGACAUGUAAUGGACCAAGUGAGGAAGACUGUCUCUCCUGUAAACAGCGAAAAACCAGUUUUCAUCUUCAAGACGGUAGAUGUAUUGCAAACUGCCCCAGAGGCGAGUUUUUGGAUGGUGAUGAUUGUACGCCUUGUCACAUGACCUGUGCAACAUGUCAUGGAACUAGAGAAGAUCAGUGCUACGAAUGUGAAUAUGGACUGUUUCUGAAGAAUAAUUCCACUUGUGUGGGUGAAUGUGGUGAGAAGAAUUAUGGCUUGAAUGGUGAAUGUCGUAGCUGUCAUAGUUCGUGUCUUCGAUGUCGAGGAGGUCAACCAACUGACUGUACUCAAUGUAAGGAUUCUAAAUAUUUACUUGAGGGAAUUUGUGUUGAUCAUUGUUCCACUGGUUACUAUGGUGAUGAAGAGACCGGUAAUUGUUUGCCAUGUGAUGAAUCUUGUUUUACCUGCAUUGGUCCACGCUAUAAUGAGUGUAUUGAGUGUCCGGAUUCUGAAGCAUCAAUUGAGGGAAAGUGUCAACAUCUUCCUGAUUGUCAUGGUGAUUGCAAGUCUUGUGAUCAAGAUGAUCCAAACUUGUGUAAUUCUUGCUACAACAGUUUUUUUCUUUACGAAAAUCGGUGCGUGUCAAUAACUGAAUGUCCAAGUAACACCUAUGCUAAUGAAGACACGAAUGAGUGUCAUGCAUGCCAUCAGCAAUGUCACUCAUGCUUCGAUAAACACCACACUUCUUGUUUGAGCUGUUCUGGGGAUUAUUUUUUGACACUCGAUUCUACAUGUGAAUCAGUUUGUCCACCACAGACGUAUUUUGACUAUGACAACAACAUAUGCGGUGAAUGCCACCCAUCAUGUGCAGAAUGCAUUGGUUCUGAUGUAGAUGACUGCACAAGUUGUGAUGACAAAAGGUGGCUAAGUGGAUAUAUGUGUGUAUAUGAAUGUGAAGACAACCAGUACCUUGAUGAAUCCAGCUUAUGUAUGCCUUGUCACAGAUCAUGCGAGACCUGCGACGGACCGUCAGACUUUGACUGUAAAACAUGUCAUCAAAACUAUGAUAUACGUGAUGGCAACUGUCUUUCCCGCUGUUCAUUUGGAGAGUAUGAAAGCCAUGAUACUUGUGAAUUGUGUCACCCUACCUGUGGCAGCUGCACUGGUGGCAGCAGUACAGAUUGUCUCAGCUGUGAAUUUGGAAAAUUCUUGAAAGAAGAUGGUUCAUGCGAAAGACUAUGUGGUGCUGGUUACUAUGAGGACUAUUCCAGUGGAACGUGUCAGAAAUGUCAUGUGACCUGUAAGACGUGCCUUGGUAAUACUGACACUGAUUGCUUAGAAUGCAACGAUGGUGACAUACUCUAUGAAGGUGUCAGCUGUGUCAAACACUGCCCUAUUGGUUUCUAUGCUCAAAAUAUGAUGGUACCAGAGAGUAUUUCAGAAUGUCAACCAUGUGCUUUAGAAUGUGAAGAUUGCACUCAACAUAGGGACAACUGUGUGAGCUGUCAGCACAGUACUUUCUUAUAUAAUGGGACUUGUGUUGAUGCAUGUCCUAUGUAUUAUACUGAGGAUGGUAAUGAGUGUGUGCGGACUGAAGCAGGUUGUCCAUCAUUUUGCAAACAAUGUAAUCAGAUUGGUGACUGCGAAGAAUGUGACAAUGGUUUCAGAAUUCACAAUGGCCUCUGUUAUUUAAAUGAUGAAACUUGUCUUAAUGGUCAGUAUGAUGUCUGGAUUGAUAAUAAAUUGAAUUGUCACGACUGCCAUGAUGGAUGUGCUACCUGUGUUGGUCCUUCCCAGUAUGAUUGCACAAGCUGCAAUGGAAAAAAGAUCUUGGAAGGUGGUAAAUGUGUGGCUCAUUGUCUAAACAGUGAAUACCAUGAUACAAGAAGUGGACGGUGUGAAGCAUGCCAUUCUUCUUGUUGGGAAUGUGAGGGGCCAGCGGCAAGCCAGUGUACAGAAUGUAAUUUCCAUUUCUUCUUUGAUGAGGAUACUAAGACAUGUAGAUCCAACUGCCCAACUGGGAUGUUCGAGAUUGGUGUUCAGUGUAUGCCUUGCCAUGAAUCUUGUUCUACAUGUGAUGGUGAUACUGAAAUUGAUUGUUUGAGCUGUGAGCUGCCUCUCUAUCAUAAAGACUAUAGCUGCCUGACCGAGUGCCCUGAUGGUUACUAUGGUGACCGCGUGGAAGAUGUUGAUGGUAAAGAUGUACAAGAGUGUCGUCGAUGUCACUAUAACUGUAAAACAUGUCAAGGUCCAAUGGAUGAUGAUUGUACUUCAUGUCAAGAACAUUUAGUCUGGAAUCGGCAUAGCUGUCGCACAGAUUGCGGUCCUGGAUUUUUUGUUUCAGAUGGAAAAUGUGAACGAUGCGACAUGAGUUGUGAAAAAUGUAGUGGUUCCACAAAAUCUGAGUGUCUAAGUUGUGCUGAUGGGAAAGUACUUGAACGUGGUGAAUGCAAAGACAAAUGUGAAUCGAAUUACUAUUAUGAGAACAACGAAUGUAUUCAGUGCCAUCCAUCUUGUGAAAAAUGUACUGGUCCAGGUCCCCAAGACUGUUCAAAAUGUUCUCUUAAUGCCCAAUUAGUUGAGAAUGUAUGCUACCCACGAUGCCAGGCUGGAUAUUACUAUAAUGAUGGUGGUGGCACAAAACACAAUGUUCCUGAUGAUGACCAUAUAGGUGGCCUAAAUGCUGCUUAUAAUGUUCUAAGUAACCAAACUAUCCCGCAAUGCAGGAAAUGUCAUGAAACAUGCAAGGAAUGCAUUGGGGGUGGUGCUAAGAAUUGCCUAGAAUGUAAUAUUCCUAAACAGCUCAACAAAGUCACUCAUCAGUGUGUUGAGUGUUGUGAUCCUAACAGUGUGACAGUUCCAGAUAAUAAUUGUUGUGUCUGUGAUAAUGGUACAUGUAUUUUGAGCCCUGCAAGACGCCAGUAUACCCCAAUAGUAGAGACUAAGAACGUUGCCGGUAUGAUUGGAGGCGUUAUUGUAUGUAUCGUAACUGUGUUUUUUAUAGUGUUUGGAGUUCUACAGUGCAGAUCAAAGAGAGCAUUGUGUUUUGCUCGUAACUAUCACAGAUUGCCAACGCACUAUGAGUCAAAAACUGACGAAGUAUCCAUCUCAAGAAAAGAGUACCUAGAUGAGGAUGUGGAGAUUUACACAAAAAAUGAUUUGUAGAUCGGAUUAUAUUUGGAAACAAGAUAACAUUGCACUUCUAGCCAUGAGGUGGUCAUACUCGCAUGCUAGUCAGUUUAAUUUAAUUCACUCUUUCCAGGGUUGUCCCCACAGCGUUAUAGAGUAUUGAACCCCUACUGAAUGAGCGAUAAAGCUCAAUUUUCAUAACCUGGUGUUAUGCAAAUUAGCUGCAAUGCUAUUUUUUUUUAAAAAGAACAUUGCUUUUCCAGAUUCUUAAACAACCUACUAGGAUUAAUUUCCCGACCCUCCAGAACAUAUUCGAAUCUUGGUGUGAAGAAGACAAAUCUGGGUUUCAAAUGAUGUGACUUAAACUUUUAAUUUUUUUGUUGCAUCUUGUUUUUUAAAUUUAGCAUGUAUAUCAGUUAAUGCUGAAUAGUGUGCUUGUAUGUAUACUGAGUUACGUGUAAUACAAAUAUCUAAUAUCAAUUCAAUUUUUCUCUUUUAUUUUAUUUUACUAUUAUCAUGUUUCAUCUCAGUGUCUGUUCAAAUUUGUCAUUCUUCAUAUGAUUGUUUAUAUUCGUCAGCUGCCCACUCAAACACCGCCACGAAUGCAUAAGUACAAUACAAGAAAUGCAUAUAUAGCAAUAACAUAACCAUUAUACCUGUACGGCCGUACCCAAUAUGUAAUCAAAUUGCACUAAAUUCAAAGUGUAAUUGACAUUUUCAGCAAUAAAUGGGGGUUCUGACAGUUGUUUUUUUUGGUUCAUCUGUUUGAUCCAUAUCGGUGCACAUCAAUAUGCUGUGUAUCUACCUCAUUUUGCUAUAGCAGGAUCCGUGGCGGUGUUUGAGUUGGCAGCUGACGACCAAAGGUUAAUAACACCCACACUUGACAGGGCUAAAUUUUACUAUGCAAGUCAACUUACAAAAAAAUUUUAAAUGCAGACACAACUAUGCAGCACAUUCAUAAAACAGCCACUUCUCUCCACGGUUUGUAACAUCCACAAAUUUGCAUAUUGAGUUGAAGCAUUUAUCCAUGACUUGGUUCGUUGAAUGAACCUGUCAAGGGACACGCUUCUUUCUGAUUGACUUGCCAAUCAGGCACACUCUGUAACUUAACAGAUUAAAAAGCCU